AUGAACCGGGCCUACACCUGUCCUACACCUGUCCUACGCCUGUCCCUGUCCUACACCUGUCCUACACCUGUCCCACACCUGUUCUACACCUGUCCUACACCUGUCCCUGUCCUACACCUGUCCCACACCUGUUCUACACCUGUCCUACACCUGUCCCUGUCCUACACCUGUCCCACACCUGUCCCACACCUGUCCCUGUCCUACACCUGUCCUACACCUGUCCUACACCUGUCCCACACCUGUUCUACACCUGUCCCACACCUGUCCCUGUCCCGGUCCCGGAUGUAG